AUGAGUGCUGUCAGAAGUUGUUCAAACCCCCUUUGCGGAAAUACGGAGUCUCGACCUGGUGAGUUCAAGAAGUGUUCUCGUUGCAAAUCUGCUUGCUACUGCUCGAAGAAAUGCCAGUCAGCUCAUUGGAAGAAUGGGCAUCGUGAGGAAUGCAAGCCCUUUGUCGAUGAGUCUCAAAAGAGUGCGAAAUCAGCAGAGAGGAAGUCUGAAGCGUCGACAGAGCAAACUUUGAUGUUACAAAAGGAAUGUCAAACAAUGUACAACAACUUUGAGAUGGCCUCAACUGACCUGUCCAAAUUGAAUUUACAACUUGACACUUACAAGAUUAGUAUGAAGAAGUUGACGGAGAUAGACGAAUCAAAGGAUGUGUUUUGUAGGUAUGGAAGCAUGUAUAUGUUGCAUGACCACGCGACUGCCAAACAAAACCUGCAAGAAAAAAUGGAUCGUUUGAACUCAAAGAUCGAAAGUGUUUCAAAACAAGUGAAGUAUUUUGAAAAGAAGUAUAAGGAUUUGGAAGCAAACUUGAAAGAAAUGUGA